AGCGCAUGGGCAGAGCCAGUGUACGUCCGUUUGUCCGGAGCGAAGGGGAGAGAGUGGGCGCCAUCUUCUUCUGGGCUCGCUGAGGGCUCUCCCGGCUCUGGGGAGGCUGCUACGGUCGAGGAGUGCUCCCCACCCCCAGCCUUGGGGUUCCGACUCGGCGGCAUCGUUAAGUUGCUUUUACAGAAUUAACAGGUCUGCAAGAAAUAAAAAGGUCAUUAUUGCUGUGGUUUGCGCUCAGCAUGGCUGUAGUCAUCCGUUUACUGGGGCUUCCUUUUAUUGCGGGGCCUGUGGAUAUCCGUCACUUCUUCACGGGAUUGACUAUUCCUGAUGGAGGAGUGCAUAUAAUUGGAGGGGAAAUUGGGGAGGCUUUUAUUAUUUUUGCAACAGAUGAAGAUGCAAGACGUGCUGUAAGUCGUUCAGGAGGGUUUAUCAAGGAUUCAUCUGUAGAGCUCUUUCUUAGUAGUAAGGCAGAAAUGCAGAAGACUAUAGAAAUGAAAAGAACUGACCGCGUGGGAAGAGAGAGACCAGGAUCUGGGGCAUCAGGGGUUGGCAGCUUAUCUAAUUUUGUUGAGGCUAUUAAAGAAGAAGGAAGUAAUUCUGGAUAUGGUUCUCCGAUUAAUCAAGAUCCUGGGUUUCAUACUAAUGGUACAGGACAUGGUGAUUUAAGGCCAAGAAAGACACGGCCGUUGAAAGCUGAGAAUCCUUACUUGUUUCUACGAGGCUUGCCUUACUUAGUAAAUGAAGAUGAUGUACGUGUCUUUUUCUCUGGUUUAUGUGUGGAUGGAGUAAUUUUCUUAAAGCAUCAUGAUGGCCGAAAUAAUGGUGAUGCCAUAGUAAAGUUUGCCUCAUGUAUUGAUGCUUCAGGAGGUCUUAAAUGUCAUAGAAGUUUUAUGGGUUCAAGAUUUAUUGAAGUAAUGCAAGGCUCAGAACAACAGUGGAUUGAUUUUGGAGGUAAUUUAAUUAAGGAAGGUGAGACUUCUAUGAGGACUGAAGAACAUACACCACCAAGAGGAAUUAAUGAUAGACAUUUUCGGAAACGGUCUCAUUCAAAAUCUCCCAGAAGAACGUGUUCUCGUUCUCCUCUCGGAUUUUAUGUUCACUUAAAAAAUCUGUCUGUAAGUAUCAACAAAAGAGACUUAAGAAAUUUUUUUAGAGAUACUGAUCUGACAAAUGAACAGAUUAGGUUUUUAUAUAAAGAUGAAAGAAGAACAAGAUAUGCCUUUGUGAUGUUCAAGACGCUGAAAGACUAUAACACUGCUCUGGGUUUACAUAAGACUGUUCUACAAUAUCGUCCAGUUUAUAUUGAUCCAGUUUCUAGGGAACAGAUGCUGAAGUUCAUUGAGUGUUAUGAAAAGAAAAGACCAGCAUCAGCAGAGAAAGAGAGACUUGGACAGGUCUCACAAAAACAUUCUCAAGAAGGCUACUCUGGCCAGAAACUGUGCAUAUAUAUAAGAAAUUUUCCAUUUGAUGUUACAAAAGUUGAAGUGCAGAAGUUCUUUGCUGACUUUUCUCUUGCUGAGGAUGACAUUUGCUUGCUUUAUGAUGACAAAGGAGUUGGUCUAGGAGAAGCGUUGGUGAAAUUCAAAUCAGAAGAACAGGCUGUGAAAGCUGAACGUUUAAACCGACGGAGAUUCUUGGGGACAGAGGUGUUGUUGAGGCUCAUAUCUGAGGCACAAAUGCAGGAGUUUGGUGUAAAUUUUUCUUCAAUGUCUAGUGAAAGAAUGCAUGACCAUUCACAGUCUUGUGAUAGAGAUGAUCAUUCCCAUUCAUUUGACUCAAAUGAUCCACCAAUAUACGCAGUUGGCCCUUCGGAAAACUUUAGGCAUCAGCAAGAGGACUUGAGGCAACUGGACAAUUUCAAGCAUCCUCAGGGGGAUUUCCGACCACCUGAUAGACGCCCUCCAGAAGACUUUAGGCAUUCCCCAGAGGAUUUCAGGCGGUCCCCGGAAAACUUCAGGCGCCUUCGGGAGGAACACUUCAGGCGGCCUCCUGAGGAGGACUUCAGGCACUCUUGGGAGGAAGAUUUCCGGUACCCAAGGGAGGAGGACUGGAGGCGGCCACCUGAGGAGGAUUUCAGGCGACCUCCCAAGGAAGAUUUCAGGAGACCCCAGGAGGAGGACUGGAGGCGGCCCCCAGAGGGAGACUUGAGGAGGCCACCUGAGGAGGAUUGGAGGCGGCCUCCUGAGGAAGACUUCAGACGACUUCCCCCAGGGGAAUGGAGGCGACAACCUGAGGAAGACUUUAGGCGGCCCCUGGAGGAGGAUUUCAGGCGACCUCCUGAGGAGGACUUCCGGCGACCCCACCAGGAGGACUUCAGGCGGCCCCAUGAGGAUGACUUCAGGCGGUCUCCUGAGGAGGAUCUCCGAGGUUCUCCCGACAACUUCAGGCGGCCGCCCCCGGAGCACUUCCGGCGGCCGCCCCCAGAGCACUUCCGACGGCCGCCCCCGGAGCACUUCCGUCGGCCGCCCCCGGAGCAUUUUCGACGACCACCUCAGGAGCAUUUCCGGCGGCCACCACAGGAGCACUUCAGGCGGCCAUCCCAGGAGCAUUUUAGACGACCGCCUCAGGAACUUUUCAGGCGGCCACCCCAGGAACAUUUCAGGCGCCCUCGAGAGGAAGAUUUUAGGCACCCACAGGAUGAAGAUUUCAGGGGCCCUCCGGACGAAGACUUUAGGCACCCUCCUGAAGAGGACUUCAGGAGUUCUCAGGAGGAAGAUUUUAGAAGCCCUUCUGAUGAGGACUUCAGGCGGCUCCCGGAGGAAGACCUCAGGGAAGCUCCAGAGGAGGACUCCAGAGUUCCUGACAGUUUUAGACUUCCUGGUGAGGAGUUUAGAAGCCCCCCUGAUUUUAGAAGUCAUCGUCCUUUUGUGAAUUUUGGUCGCCCAGAAGGUGGCAAAUUUGAUUUUGGAAAGCGUAAUAUGGGAAGUUUUCCUGAGGGGAGAUUUAUGCCUGAUCCAAAAUUAAAUUGUAAUUCAGGUAGAGUAACACCUAUUAAGAUAAUGAAUCUUCCAUUUAAAGCUAAUGUUAAUGAGAUUUUAGACUUUUUCCAUGGUUAUAGAAUCAUACCUGAUUCAGUUUCAAUACAGUAUAAUGAGCAAGGAUUACCUACAGGGGAAGCCAUUGUUGCCAUGAUAAACUACAAUGAAGCUAUGGCUGCUAUUAAAGAUCUGAAUGAUAGACCGGUUGGCCCCCGCAAGGUUAAGUUAAUUUUGCUCUAGAGAGCAUUUCUAAAUUCAGAAUUAUCUCCCCACAGUAUUGAUGCAGUAAAAUGCAUUUUUAAGUGUUUAUUUUUAAUUAUCUAAUGAAAAGAAACAUUUUGACCUGUGAACAGAAGAAAUGUAAAUAGAAUGUGAAUCUGGUUUUCUUUUGCUUGCAAAUUGCCAUUCAUUUUUUCUAACUUAAAAAUAUAUAUGCUUUUUUUUUUUGAUGGGGGUGGGGUGGGGUGGGCUGGGGGGAGAACUAAUUCCCUGAGUGCAGUAAUUUUUGUUGAUGUCAUGGGUAAAUGUCAAGACUUGUAUAAAGUAGAAAACUGUUUGGGGAAGACAAGUUUUAUGUUUACUUUUGUUUCCAUUCUGUAGUCUACAUCUCUGCUCAUAUUGUAUAAGGAAAUGGUCAGUGACUGACUGUUCAGGGUUAGCAUUUUUAUUGCUAACUGCCUGCAGAAUUAAUGCCCUCUUCCUUGUCUGAGAUAUUACUGUGUUAAGCCUCUCCUUAAUCAUAAAUAGUUCAAAAUUGACAGACUGUGAACUUGAAGUUUACUUAUGUAAAAGGCUUAGGAAAUUAACUUUCAAAGUUUUUAUAAAAAUAAAAAAAUUGCAACUGAAUAGAUGAACUAAUUAACUUGUAUUUGUAUAUAGAGAAGAAAGAAUUACAGCUCCUUUUGUGAAGGUUUUCAACAGCUAUAUUAAAUAAUAUGACAGGAGGGACCACAUAUUCUAUAAUAGUAUAUGAGUUCUUUGUGUAGUUCUGUGGUUUCUUCCAACAUCUCAUCAACAAAACUGGUAAGAUUUGCUCAGUACUUAAAAGACAAAAAAGUAAUUAUAGGUACAAGGGGACCUUCAGGUUCUUGUUGUGACGUAUCUGAUAAAUGGACAUAGUUUGUGUUUAUAGGAAGAAUUUACUGAUGAUUUAUAUAACUUGUGGUUUUUUAUUCUUAAUUUCAAAACUUUUUUAUCCGAAGAUUCAGUGACUAACUGUAACAAGAAUUUUGUGAGAUUGAAUUUUUACUUCUUUGAUAUUUGACACUGUAGAAAUUUUGCAAAUACUGGAUUUGAUUUUUCAUACCAUAAUAAUAAUGCUAACAUUGGGCACUUUCUAUGUGCUAGGCAGUGUAAGUGCUUUACAUGCAUAAUGUCAAUCUUAAUAUUCCCUAAGAGGCUGACAAGUAUUUAAUUCACAAAUGAGAUAAAUUCAGAGUUUAAGUAACUUGCCUAAAAUCAUAGUUGUAAAUUAUAAAGCCAGUUUCAACCAGACUUACUCACUCUAGUUCACGCUGUUAAUACUUUGGCCUACUAACUUUGUUAAAUGGUAGUUUUUAAUUUUAGUAAGACCAUGCUGGGCUUUCUUGGUGGCUCAAUGGUGAAGAACCUGCCUGCCAGUGCAGGAGACAUGGGUUCAAUCGUGGGUCUGGAAGAUUCCCUUGAGAAGGAAAUGGCAACCUACUCCAUGAUUCUUGCCUGGGAAAUCCCACGGACAGAGGAACCUGGCAGGCUGUGUCCAUGGGGUCACAAAAGAAUCUGACAUGACUUAAGUGACUAAAGAAGACCAUGCUAAAAAUAUUUUCAAAACAGUAAAGGAUAUUUUCUUACCUCCAUUAUUGCUUUAAAAAUAGCAUUAAAAAAGAUGAAAUUAAUAUGCCCAAACAUCAUGAAUAAAAGACAAAGUUAUUAGAAGUUAUUAUAUAUCCAGGGAUUCUCUAUGAGACAGACAAUAUAUAUUGGCUUCUAAUUUAAAAUUGUUCAUUUUAUCAAACAUGGUUUGAUUUUGGUUGGUCUUUUAUAAUUUACAUAAAAGUUUAUUUCCCUCAAUUUUGUGAUAGAUAUUUGCCACACUGAACAAAUAAUAAAAUUUGAAUUUAUAUACAGUAGUUUGGAGGGUAUUGUAGACUACUUUUCAGUAUUUAGCCAUUUAGUACUGUAGUACUCAUCUUUAGUGAUAUAAAGAAGUCUAAGAAAAACCAACCGAAGUUUCUGUGUUUUUAAUUAUGUUGAACAUCCUACUUGCUAGUAAAAUGAAUUAACUGGUAAAUUUGGUUCAGAAAAGUACAUCAGUAUGGCACUUGAAACUAGUAAGCUUACAAGCUAGGAAAAUGACAAUAGGAAGAAAAGAUUUUUUAAGUGCUCAGAGAUUGUAUGGUUUAUUUGAUCACUCUUAACUGACAAGUGUAUUGGAAGACCUAAAAAUGCUUCUCAAAUACAUAUAAAUAAAUGAAAGCUAUGAUGAA